CGAGGGAGCCGGCGGGUGACCCGGGUUUGCGGAGCGGGGCCCGGGCCUCAGAGGGGGUCCCCUCUUCCCGUUAAUUCCCUCCCUCUGGUCCACGCUCCACUGAAGACUGUGACGUGCCCUUAGGCGGUUAUGGCCUUGCGUCAAGGUGACAGCCUCCAACUAAAUAUAGCGCGUGUCGGAGGAGGCCUGCCUUAUUUGGACCGCGCGUGAGGAGGACAGGAAGCGUGAAUUAAGUGUAAGCUGCCAUUGCGUUGGGUCUCCUUUUAAAGUCUGCGGGGCUGACCCUCAGGCAAGGUUUUACUUCAUUUGUCCUCCGGGCUUUGUCCACUCGUCCGCCAUUAUGGAGAUCAGUUUACACGCGCACGAGUGAAGCUGUUGGAAGGAGCUUUCGAUCUCAGCCUGGAAAACUCACCUAGUAAAAGAUCGUUAUUUUACUGGAGUGUUCCAGCCCUUUCUUAGGAUGACCACGAUGACAGAUACCUAGUCUGAUGGGUUAAGGAUCCAUUUCUCUAGUAAGUCUGCUGUGCCUAUGAUGAAAUCCCACGAGCAACCUCGUGGUAUAGGAGAGGACAAACCCCAAGAUCUGCUGAGUGAAGGUCAAGUGUGGUGUGGUGACUUUACCCCUCAGUACUGAGAGCUUAUCAUAUGUAUUAGACCCGCCUUCUGUUAAUUUCAUUUAAGUCCCAGCGUUUGCGUUAGAUUAAGUCUUUGGCCUCUGACUUGACUGUAGCACACAUUUCGCUUUAAUUUUUUUGGAUGGUUAUAGAAAAUUUAGGAAAGUGAUGUUUGGGAGUUUAUUACUGUUCCCGCUCCUAAUUUUUAAUAGAAGGCAAUGCAGUGGGGGGAAGAUCAUCAAGGAUUCAGCCUGCGUUGGGGGAUUUCCCAUACUGUUCAGUUCUUGUUCCUUGUCUCCUCUUAAGAUCAAAUGAUUUGUUCACAAAGUGUCCUUGCUUUCAUCUAACUCUUUAGGAGGCACUUCUGUAAAUGACAGUAUUUCUCAUUGCCCUAAUUGGUGCUUCUUAGGGUCAGAGAGAAAUUGAUAAGAUAAACAGUUCACCUCUCUGGCUGGUUAGAUUUAUAAUACAAACUUUAAACUUUGGGGAUAAAAUGUAAUUACAGUUGUUCUUGAAAAAUAAUACUCCUUGCUUUGCUUUUGGAUGGAAGAUAAACCUACGUUAAAGGUGGAACUGAAGUCCUUGUAAGAUUCAAAGUGCAUUAUAUUGCAAAGAGUUUAAAUGUAUUAAACAUGCUGAGUGUUUUGCUGGCUUUUCUGGAUUGGUGAUCUUGUGCAGCUAUACUAAGACUCAGGUGUAGGUAACAUGUAGCACUGUGUCCAGCAUUUGUUCUUCAGGCAAAUAGUUUCUGUAAAAGCAGUGCUUUCCGCAGACAGCAGGUAGAAGAAUGCCACUGAAAAUGAACACUUGAACGGGUUAAAUUGGUAAACUUUACGUUCUGUAAGUUCUGCCGCAGUUUUUAAAAGAAAGCUCUCACAAAGAUCUUUACAGCUGUAGUUAAAAGGAAGGAGCAUGACACGCUAACAGCAAGUUAAAGAAAUUGAGUAAGGAAUUUUUUUUCCAGAUAAGAUUUGUGACCAGAUCAGUGAUGCUGUCCUUGAUGCCCACCUUCAGCAGGACCCUGAUGCCAAAGUGGCUUGUGAAACUGUUGCUAAAACUGGAAUGAUCCUUCUUGCUGGAGAAAUCACAUCCAGAGCUGCUGUUGACUACCAGAAAGUGGUUCGUGAAACCAUUAAACACAUUGGCUAUGAUGAUUCUUCCAAAGGGUUUGACUACAAGACUUGUAAUGUGCUAGUAGCUUUGGAGCAGCAGUCACCAGAUAUUGCUCAAGGUGUUCAUCUUGACCGGAAUGAGGAAGACAUUGGUGCAGGAGACCAGGGUUUGAUGUUUGGGUAUGCCACUGAUGAAACUGAGGAAUGUAUGCCUUUAACCAUUGUCUUAGCACACAAGCUCAAUGCCAAAUUGGCUGAGCUGCGGCGAAAUGGCACUUUGCCUUGGUUACGCCCGGAUUCUAAAACUCAAGUGACUGUGCAGUAUAUGCAGGAUCGAGGUGCUGUGCUUCCCAUCAGAGUCCACACAAUUGUUAUAUCUGUUCAGCAUGAUGAAGAAGUUUGUCUUGAUGAGAUGAGGGAUGCCCUAAAGGAGAAAGUCAUCAAAGCUGUGGUACCUGCAAAAUAUCUUGAUGAGGAUACAAUCUAUCAUCUACAGCCAAGUGGCAGAUUUGUUAUUGGUGGGCCUCAGGGUGAUGCUGGUUUGACUGGCCGGAAAAUCAUUGUGGACACUUACGGCGGUUGGGGAGCUCAUGGAGGAGGUGCCUUUUCAGGAAAGGAUUAUACCAAGGUGGACCGAUCAGCUGCUUAUGCUGCUCGUUGGGUGGCAAAAUCCCUUGUUAAAGGAGGUCUGUGCAGAAGGGUUCUUGUUCAGGUCUCUUAUGCUAUUGGAGUAUCUCAUCCAUUGUCUAUCUCCAUUUUCCAUUAUGGCACCUCUCAGAAGAGUGAGAGAGAGCUAUUAGAGAUUGUGAAGAAGAACUUUGACCUCCGCCCUGGGGUCAUUGUCAGGUAAAGAUGGUAAAGCCUAUUGCUAGUGAAAAGAUACUGAGGGUGUGGGUGUGUAUGUCUAUGUAUUUCGAUGUGUCCAAAUCUGAGGGUCAAGGUGUGAAAGACGACUCAAGUGGGGAAAUACUUUAAUUCCUAGGACGUGUUGAUGUCAUCUUUUCAAUUGCCUUCAUUAAAGGCUUAAAUUACUAGGAAAAAUCUAAAAUUACAGUGCUCCACAACUUAGACUGACUACCCUAGAAAGUCCUCCACAUUUGAUACGAGGCUUUGUUCGUGUUACCUAAGGAAUGUUUACUUAACAGAAAUUAGUACAAAUAAAUGGAAUGUUCAUGGCUGUUAUAAAGAAAAUAACCAUAGUAGGGUGUGGGCAUGGGACCUCGGUAAGUAUUCCAUGAUCUUAGAUGAGCUUUUGACACUUGGAAUUUCUCAGAAUAAUGACAAGUUUUCAUAUUUGUUGAGCCAGGGACGGAAAAACAAGAACUAUAGUUACUAAUAAGGACUGUGCAAGGAGUUUGGACACCAGGGAAGUAACAAACACUUUUGCCACAAACUUCUUUCCUAGCACACCCCAGAGAACUGAACUCAUUUGCCAGGAGUCUUGAAAAUGAGUCUUGCUGAUUGUUUUGCUUUAUUUUAAUUGAAUGCUACAUAUUAAGUUACGGACUUGUAUAUUCCAGGGAUCUGGAUCUGAAGAAGCCAAUUUAUCAGAGGACUGCAGCCUAUGGCCACUUUGGUAGGGACAGCUUCCCAUGGGAAGUGCCCAAAAAGCUUAAAUAUUGAAAGUGUUAGCCUUUUUUCCCCAGACUUGUUGGCGUAGGCUACAGAGAAGCCUUCAAGCUCUGAGGGAAAGGGCCCUUCUUCCUAAAUUUUCCUGUCCUCUUUCAGCUCCUGAUCAGUUGCAGUCACUCUAGUCAAUGACAUGAAUUUUAGCUUGUGUGGGGGACUGUAAGUUGGGCUUGCUAUUCUGUCCCUAGGUGUUUUGUUCACCAUUAUAAUGAAUUUAGUGAGCAUAGGUGAUCCAUGUAACUGCCUAGAAACAAACCAACAACACUGUAGUAAAUAAUGCUUUGAAAUUGAACCUUUGUGCCCUAUCAACCCAACCUUCUAAAAUCCUAAUUGCAUUGAGUUUCCCACCAAAUGCUGAAAAUGUCCUUGUAAUGUGCACGUAAAGUACUUGUAGUUCCAUUAUAGCCUCUUGUCUGGCAAUGCCACAGCCCUGUCAGCAUGAAUUUGUAAUGUCUUGAGCUCUAUUAUGAAUGUGAAGCCUUCCCUUAUCCUCCCUAUAACUUGAUCCAUUUCUAAUUAUGUAGCUCUUUGUCAGGGAGCGUUCCCUAUCCAAUCACUCUUGCAUGUAACGCAAGUUCCAAUUGGAGCUCUAGCCUGACAUAAGAAAAAAAAAGGCAGUUACCAUUAAACCAUCUCCCUGGUGCUUAUGCUCUUAAUUGCCAUCUUUAAACAGCACCAAAUCAAAAUCUCUCCACUUUUCAGCUGUCUUUUGGAGGACGUACGUAAUAAGGUUUUUAUUUAGUAAACCAAUCCUAUGCAUGGUUUCAGCACUAGCCAAACCACCAACUCCUAGCUCUAGAAAAACAGGCACUUGGCACCCUUGUGAUGUGAUACAGAGAAGUCACAGGGCAGUACCUGAGGGUCUGUAGGUUGCACACUUUGGUACCAGAUAACUUUUUUUUUUCUUUAUAAGAAAGACUGAGUACUCCACACUGCACAAUAACUCCUCCCAAGGUUUUAACUUUGUUUUGUUUUCAAAACCAGGUCCAAUGAGCUUUCUGAACAGCUGGUGUAGCUACAGAGAAACCAGCUUCCUUCAGAGAGCAGUGCUUUUGGCGGGGAGGAGGAAAUCCCUUCAUACUUGAACAUUUUCUAAUCGCUUAUUUAUUGUAUUCUGGGGUAUGGCGUAAGUACAGAGAAGCCAUCACCUCAGAUGGCAGCUUUUAAAAGAUUUUUUUUUUUUUCCUCAACACCAUGAUUCCUUUAACAUGUUUCCAGCAUUCCCAGGUAGGCCAAGGUGUCCUACAGAAAAACCUUGGGUUAGACCUACAGGGGGUCUGGCUGGUGUUAACAGAAGGGAGGGCAGAGCUGGUGCGGCUGGCCAUGGAGAAAGCUGACUUGGCUGGUGUGGUACAGAGAAGCCAGCUUGUUUACAUGCUUAUUCCAUGACUGCUUGCCCUAAGCAGAAAGUGCCUUUCAGGAUCUAUUUUUGGAGGUUUAUUACGUAUGUCUGGUUCUCAAUUCCAACAGUUUAAUGAAGAUCUAAAUAAAAUGCUAGGUUCUACCUUAA